AUUUAAAGUAAAAACUUUGAAAUCUAAAAUGAAAAACAUCACAAUACAUUGAGAGCAACAGUAAAAGUAAAGAUUAGUCUUAGAUUAGAUACCAGUAGAUCUAAAACUAGUUGUUGCUAUUUGCAUACACAAAAAAUGGAUGAUGCACGGAAUGAUGCCUCAGGAAAUAAUAAACCCUUCAAGAUCUGGAGCUCUGACAGAGAGACAAGAAAGUCCAUCACUGCUGCUACUUUGAAUGAACUGAUUUCUAGAGGCUGCCAGAAAUUGGGUUUAGAAUCAUCAAAGCUGAAAGUCGUUCUAGAGCAAGAUGGAACAGAAGUUGACGAGGAAGAUUACUUUGCUUUUUUACAACCCAAUACUGUUUUGAUGUUUCUUGUAGAUGGGGAAAAAUGGCGGCCAUGUGAUAAACAAAUUGUGAUUGAACAGGACGUGACAGAUGGGGAGGCUGAUGAUGUUGAACAAGUGUCCCAGCUUAUCAAAAACAAUCUCUCACACAUUAUCAUGUUAUCUAACCAGCAGUUACAGGUUCUAGUAGACUGUGAUACCACUAAGCUUGCAUGUUUGCUGGGAGAGAAAGAAACCACAACCCAAACACUUCAGGAUGCCUGCCAGCGCAGUUUAGACGAAAGGCUUGAAGCCAACGAGGCAAUAGAACUAUUGAAGCUGUUCCAUAAAUCUAAAGAACAUUCAAACCAUGCUAAAAGUAGUGAUGAAAAGAAGAGAAAGAUGGAGGAAAAUUUGUAAUUUUUUUUUUCUCGCCUUAAUUUUUUUCAACAUUUAUUUUAAUAACAGAUUAAUAACAUAUCAAUUCAUUCAUAUUUGUAAAUAUAAAAUUAUUUUUAUACAAAUUUAUAGUAGUAUUGUUUACCGUAAGCAUCAUUUAAUAGUUGAAAUCAGCCAGUCGAAAUACAAUGCCAAAUUUGGUUGAAUACUGCUGCAUUGGACUUUUUCAAUAAAAUAAUCACAGAAUUUAAAGUAAACAUCAUUAAUUAUGUGUAAUAAAUAAUCGUAGAUAUAAUACAAAAGAUUGUGAUUUUUUACUUCAUCAUGCCAAAAAAAUCAUGGUAAUUAUUUUAAAAUUUUUGGAACACAAUUUGAUUUAUAAAUUUUUUUUAUAGGAAGGACUCAUUUAAUGUACAUCCAUAUUUUUGAAGUUGUAAAUAAAGUAAGAUUUUGUUGAUUACAUAAAAUCUUAAUCAAAAGAACAUUUACCCACACAAAGAAACAUCCAAUUUUGUUUUGUAUCAGAAAUGGUUGAAAAAGUGCUGAACAUUGGAAGGGGCAUAACUCAUAUAAUCAUGCCUAAAAAAUAUUAAGUUUUCAUAUCAAACUCAUAAACAUUUUGACAUUAAUGAUAGAUUCUAGAUAAUGUUUUAUCAUAUCUUGUAUGGAUAUCUAGGCAAGAAGCUUCCUUACUGGAGAUGUGAAAGUUUACUAGAAGUGUAACUAUUAUUAAAUUUAAAACUUUUUUUUUUUUAAAUGGCUAUAAAGUUAAAUUUAAAGCAAUCAGAGCUGCCUUAAUAUGUUUACACUAAUCAACCAUCUAAAUUUUCUUGUAAACAAUAAUAUAUCCUGCUGUAUUUUCAACUAGUGUUAUAAUAUUUAAAAUGUAAUACAUAAAAUGUAUUUCUGUGUGUGAUAUGUAUGAUGGAUUAUAUAGACCAGGUAGCAGUGUAUUUGAGCAUGCAGAUGGUUGGGAUACAUGUGCAGGCUUCCACCCCACCCUACCCCAAUUGAAGUACAUUGCCCACACACAGCUGACCCAACAUUACAAUAGAGUACAUAACAUGGAUGAAAUAGCCAUGUAAACAGAAAGUGAUAUUUCAAUGCCAAGGGUAGACAUCAUAACAUGGAUGGAGAGUGUAGUAGAGCAGUGAUGACUGGAGUAACAGGAUGUGAUGACUGGAGUAACGGGAUGUGAUGACUGGAGUAACAGGAUGUGAAGACUAGAGUAACAGGAUGUGAUGACUGGAGUAACAUGUGAUGACUGGAGUAACAGGAUGUGAUGACUGGAGUAACAGGAUGUGAUGACUGGAGUAACAGGAUGUGGUGACUGGAGUACAGGAUGUGGUGACUGGAGUAAUAGGAUGUGAUGACUGGAGUAACAGGAUGUGAUGACUGGAGUAACAGGAUGUGAUGACUGGAGUAACGGGAUGUGAUGACUGGAGUAACAGGAUGACUGGAGUAACAGGAUGUGAUGACUGGAGUAACAGGAUGUGAUGACUGGAGUAACAGGAUGUGAUGACUGGAGUAACAGGAUGUGUUGACUGAAGUAACAGGAUGUGAUGACUGGAGUAACAUGUGAUGACUGGAGUAACAGGAUGCGAUGACUGGAGUAACAGGAUGCGAUGACUGGAGUAACAGGAUGUGAUGACUGGAGUAACAGGAUGUGAUGACUGGAGUAACAGGAUGUCUGCUGUAAACAAACCAGGCUAUUGAGCUCUACCAGAAAUGAAUGAAAGAACCCUUGGAGUUGCCACAAGGUGGAGGAAGUCAGAAAAUAUAGUUAAAUUUAAAGCUGCUAAAAUGAAAAUAUGAUGUAGGAACUAAUUGUUUUAUAAAUUGGAUUUUAAAAAAGCGGAUUUUAAGUUGUUUUACAGUUCAUCAGCUUUUCCCUUUUGUGCCCAAGACACAUUGAGCCAUGAAGUCAGCUGGUGUAUAUUUAUAAUUUAUAUAUAUAUUUAUUUUAAACUACUCAUCUUGAUCCAAAACAAAUUAAAAUAUAUUCCUGUUACACUUUUUUUCUGAAUUAGCGAUGUACAACAACAAUUAAUGUACAACACAUCCACCACAUGUAGUGACUGUCUGGUUUUUUGUUAACUGUAAACUUGUUGAUACAUGAAACUGGAGUUUCUAUGUAAUUUAUUUGAUGGCAGUUGUGGAUUUGUUUGAUAUAAAAAUUAAUGUAACAAUUUUUACACUCAACAGUAUCCUAAAAUGUGGGCUAACAGAAAACCUAGGUAAGAUUGUAUUGAGGUUUACAAAUGCUUCUAUCAGUCCAAAUCCUCAUGAAUCGAUAGACCAAUGUCCUACAUUGUUUAAGCAUUCCAUCAAAUACACGUUGAUCUUUUUCCCAAUAAAAUUUUAUAAAGUUUUGUUUGACUACUAUGAUGUAAAAAUCUUUUUAAAAGAUAUAUUUUUAUAUUAAUAAAUUAAAA